AAGGGGGAGAGGCGCGCGCGCGCGCACACACACAUACACACACACACACACACACAGGGAGAGGGAGCGAGAGAGAGACGGAGGGAGUAGAAACUGUUAAAACGUGUGUGUUCGCUCUUGCCAGUCUCAGCAUCGCUCAGUUUCUGCAGGAGGCAGCUGGCUCCAUCCCUCCAGGAUCUCCACUGGCACCGAUGACCACAUAUGAUCUACCCACUUCCCAGUCUACCCAUUCACUCUGAUUUGGGAUCUCUUUAUUUUGUUUGCAUGGAUGAUAACAGCCUACCGCAGAUGCAUGGAUUUCUCAUACACCAACUAAUUUGACUCAAACCCGGGAUUGGUGAAAAAACACAGAACAGACAAAAAAAGGGGGGGGGACUCCAGCCGUUUUUAGGUCUGUGGAAGCAGCACUUGAGCCUGCCUUGGACAUGGGACCGUGCGUCAGCCGAGAGGGAUCCGGUGUCGGAGGAAGAGCAUCUUCCUGAAGGAGGAAAAACCCGUGUGAGGGAGUUUUUUAAUUUUUGUUUUUGCCACCGGGGAGGGGGGAGCUGUGGGUUUUACGCGCCGGAACGAUGCGUCCCAACCGCGGCUUCAUCCUGCUCCUCCUCAACGGAACCGCUUGUUUGGUGGCCCUGGGUCAAGAAGAUGACUCCUCCAACCCCAAGAGCUCUUCAGAUGACUCCUCUAAGACGGUGGGCCUCCUGACCGGGCAGGCCCCCCUCUCGCCCCUGAGCCGCUGGAUGCUUCACAGUAAGAGCAGAGCUGCUAAUGCCACCUCUCUGGAGCUGCCCUACCGCUCCCCGGUCCCUUUCUCCAAGCAGGAAUUCUCUAAACAGGAGUUCUGGGAGAUGUUGGGCAGCGACUUGCUCAAGCCCGACGCCUCCAGCUCUAGGGUCAAACGCCGGCCCAUUGUAAAGACCGGCAAGUUCAAGAAGAUGUUUGGCUGGGGAGACUUCUAUUCCAAUAUCAAGACGGUGAGGCUUAACCUGCUGAUCACCGGCAAGAUUGUGGAUCACGGUAACGGCACGUUCAGCGUCUACUUCCGCCACAACUCCACGGGGCAGGGCAACAUCUCGGUCAGCCUGGUGCCACCCGUCAAGGCGGUGGAGUUUGACCUGGAGCGCCAGAGCGUGGUCUACCCCAAGGACUCCAAGAUCUUCAAUUGCCGCGUGGACUAUGAGAAGGUGGAUCGCAGCAAGCGCACCUCGCUGUGCAACUACGACCCGUCCAAGACCUGCUUCCAGGAGCAGAUUCAGAGCCACGUGUCCUGGAUUUGCUCCAAGCCUUUCAAAGUCAUCUGUAUCUACAUAUCCUUCUACAGCACGGACUACCGCCUGGUGCAGAAGGUUUGCCCGGACUACAACUACCAUAAUGAGAUGCCCUACCUGCCCUCGGGCUAGAGGACUUGUAGGGGGGGAGGAGAGGUGGGAGGGGAGAGGAUAAGGGGGAUGAGUAGGCGUUACUGCAGCACACGAGGAGGAAACCAGGGCUGUGAAUCGUCCUUAAUGCCAGUGUGGCAGCGAGACAUCUUAAAAACACCCCCUCUCUGUAGCCUGCCUAUUGCAAGAUGUAAAAACAUAUAUGCAAAACACAAACUACAGUAUGCAGAUGAUGAGGCAUUGGGAAUGCUUAACGGCAGCAUUUGUUAACUGGACUGGUAGUAAAACUCAAAUACCGCCAACACACACAUUCUUACCUCAAUCCAGUGUCUAAAUGCCAACGUCUCGCCUGCUAUUUCUCUCCUCCAUUAAGUCAUUUGUGAAUGUUGUCUGAAUGUCCUUUUAAUCACCCUUUACAAUAUUGCUCUUUUGCAAAGUCACAAGGAAAGUCUUUUCAAGUCUUUAAAUGCUGUGAUAUGAUUCACUGGAGAGUUGUAUUAGAAUUCAGACUCCAUUACAAACAUUAUACAGCAGUUUAACAGCGUACACUGUACAGGAAAUAAUCAUGAUUUCAAACUUGCCAGAGGGAAGGCAAAGCUUUGUUUUUCUCACAAAGAACAGAUGAAUGUAAAGUGUAACCAACCACAGGAUCAUUCAGGUUACACUCCAGGUCUUUUUAAAGGGCACCUUUUUUGUUUUACAUGAACUCAACAUUUAAAGUUCCUCUUCUGACUCUCUCACACCCUGCCCACAUCCCCACAUCCCACCAUCCCACCAUGGAACUGCCACUGUGUUUACCUGCCACAUCUAAUUACUAUAUAUCCUUCAGUUAUGUCACGUCCAUUUCAAUGACAGAGGAAAAGAGGCAGGAAGAGAAAAAAAUAAUAACAAGAAAAUUUGCAAGAAAAAGCAAUUGCUCAACAAAGAUUCAGGGCCAGGGCUUAAGACAAGUUCAGUGCGGGGGAAAUAACUAGAUUCUGCAUAGAGACAGGAUUGGCCCUCCACACUUAACAGAGAGAGAGAGAGGUGGGGGAGUGAGAGAGGGAGAGACUCAGUGAGCUCUUUUAAUUAAAGUGGGGAAGGAGAUGUAGAGUAUGCAGCUCCGUCUAUUGUCCCCUCUGUAUGAAAAAGAUUACAUUUUGUUGCCGUCAGGAUUCCUGAUUUCACGCCUUGAUAACUUUGACUGUGUGAGGGAGAUUGCUCUCUCCCGACAAAUACUGUGUUCACUAAAGUCGGCCCGUUAUCUUGAAUAAAUGAAAAUAUUAUCAUAAUAAUUACAUAUAAUUUAAUCUCCUUUAGAACUAAUUAAGGUUUCAACGAGAGGGCGAAAUGUAUUCCUAAAAAUCAAGUCAGCGGGUAGGAGGAUAAGAGGACGUUCAUGGGGAUUGUUGUGUUUUUUUGUGCGGAGCCGGCAGCCAAAGCUCAGCUCAGAGUUAACUGCUCUCAUUAAGAUAAAUGGCCAGUGGCUGGCCCAUCUCAUGUUGCUCUCACAAACAAUAUCAGAGGAGAGCAGCGCACGACGGAGCAAUGAAUUAGGUAACAUGACAUUUUGUGCGCUGAGAGGUUACCGCCAUCCUGCUCGUAAGGACACAAUGACUUCUCGGUUCAUUAACGCUGAACAGUCACGACAAGUGUGAAGAGCCGUUCGACGGUGAUAUCAGAUAACCGGUUUGACACUAAUAUACUGUGAUAUCAGGGAUGCGGCCAAGAUCUGUGCGUGUGCAUGCCUGGCUGAAAGUGUGCAGCGACGUCCCAGGUACAGCAGGUGGUCAGCGGUCACCAUGAAGCCCUCCUCCUAUGGGGGAGGAGGUGUAGCAUAAGGCCAGACAUAAAUGCAUGGCCUUGCCUGCUCUGUGUGAGCCUGGAGAGCAGCAGUAGGAGGGAAAACACAGUCACAGGGCUAAAGAUAGUAACAAAGACCUGCAAAUCUGCACUUCAAAGCUCUGAGUUUUCAAUUUACACUUAAAGAGGAGGGGCAGCUCCUCUCCAUAUGCAACCAAAUCAACUCGUGGCCCACAGCAAAUGGCAGCGGUGCACAAACAAGUCUGCAGGGGACAGACAGCUGCACCAGCCACAGCCACCGUACAAGCUGCUCAUCUGACUGAGUCGAACCUCUGUCUCCUCUUGCGUUUGACCGUUUUAUCACAGCAGAUAUUUCAUACAUGCGCAGCUUGUCUGCCUCGCUUGCUGACAGCACACAUACAGUGGGCUCCAAAAGUCACAGAAAGUUCUCUUUGAGUUUUGGACCCCCACCCCUUGCAUCUGUCUGGCUCCACUCUAACUGUGCUUCGAAGUAUCUCCCCAUCAAGAAUCCUCGGUCAAGAAUCCUCACAAGGAGGAUUUCCCUAAAGAGUCUACAAUCAAUCACAGUGCUCAUUAUGAGCCGUAGAGGCAGAUUCUGAUUUCUGUCAUCGCACUAACAGUCAACACAGUAUUGAUUUGAAAGCAUACAGCCCCAGUGGAAAACAUAGAUGUUUUGGCAGCAGCUCAAUCUAAACGCCUGACACUUGUCUGAAGGUCCUUUUUCCCUGUAGCUCUGGAUGAAAUGCAAAGUCUCAUGUGUGUAGAAUCCAUCAACCAGCAUGAAUGAACCACUGCCUCUUGUUCUGUUCAUCCAUUUUUCCUCAUCCUCCAGCUUUCCCUGCCUGCGACUCCUCCAUACGUCUGCAUGUCACUCAGCCCCGCUGUCUCCACGCUAUUCUCCUCUUCCUGUGUGUGACCAUAACCUCUCUACCUCCCUUACCCUGGCGUUGAACCCUAAGGCGGGUAGUUCCUCAUUGCUGCCCCGCCCGCCCGCCCUCCUGCACACAGCGCCGAGCUGAGCUGGCUAAUCUCUGUGAGCUUAACGCCGAGCCAACGGAACAUCAGCAGUGAGAACUCCCCUCUCUCCUUGUCUAUCUAUCUAUUUCGCUCUAUAUCUAUAUCCCAUCAAACAAAUGUGUGCGCAGACAGUCUUUAAGAUGUGCUGGUUUAGGUAUUUUCCUCUCUCCUGUUCAAAGCAUCUUACAUAAGCCCCUUGGAUUGCGAGGACAUGAAAUCUCCUCAACGGCAUGCCAACAGAGUGCCCGACACAGAUACGCCCCAGUAACCUCAAUACUCCUCUCGCCCUCCUGCAGGACGUCCAGAGAGAAGUUGGAUACUCACACAUGUUGGAAUCAAAGCUGGGCACCGUGAGCCCACAGCAUUGAACUCAUGUAGAAAAACAAACAAACAAACAAACAAACAAAAAAAAAACAAAAAAAAAAAACAACGACACAUGGUGGGCUACCUGUGGAGAAUAAGCCCCUUACUCUGCUCCUCACCAAUCCUCUCAGAUUUACAGCAAUACUCUCACUGAGACUCCACCUUCUCCGCCUCUCUGGAGCGAGUUAAAAAAUAAAAAAUGAAAAAAACAAAACAAAAAACAACGGCUGCUGGACUAAGUUUAAGAGACAGUCGUGUUGCUGCGGGAUGGACAGUGUUGUUACGGCAGCAGCCUUACUGUUGAACCAUCUAGUGCCAACAGACAUGUGGAUAUUUGGCCUUAGAGACUGCGAGACAACACUGGUCCACUCAGCAAAGAAUAGUAACAAAACGCAACUGUCAAAAACAUAAAUAUACAUAUAUAUAUAUAAAGGCUACGAGUCCUCAGAUCUGAAUAAAGUUGUAUUUAAAUGUGGGUCAUGCAGUGGAGGUCGUCUGUUUUAACUUUUGGUUCCUCACGGUUUUGUUUCUGUAUGUCAUGUGGAUGAUAUACUGUAUGGAUGAUAUGAUGGCAUUUACUGUGGUUUUGGACAUUCUAAAAAUCAAUAAAGUACACACAAGUA